CGUCUGGAUUGGGCGCACCAAAGCUGAGGUCGACGCGGAUAACAUGAAGCUUGCCAAGUCUGAGAAUGUCUACGCUCCGCGCGAGUUCGUCCCAAAGAUGGAGGAGGAUCAGAUGUGCUGGGUUGUAGAGCUCGACAAGACUCACACGCUUCGGUAUGUUGGUCCUUUCAUUUUUAUGCUUGACAUGCUAAUAGGUUCAUCUCGCAGUAUGUUUGGCGAGGCCAAGGAGCUGACUGGGGCCUGGAAGGAGGAUUCUCGCUACCCAAAUGCAUUCUACUUCGUGCGUGCCGAGGAGAAGGAAGACUAGAGAUCAGCGUCUUCUUUGCAUGGUAUCUCUUGCAGCUUGCACUCUGGGGCAGAGUCUUGGAUGGGCAGGUAUGCGAUUGAAGCCAUAUUUGCUACGGCUGAGACAAGACAGAGAUACACACAGCGGCUUGGAGGGUGUGGUCCAUGAAGCUUUUACUUGCGCCAAGCAGGUAGGGCGUGAGAAGCUGCUACGAUGAUGUAUCAAUGAAUGAGUUGAUGAAAAC